AUGGAUAUGCAUGACCCCAAGGAUAUACAGGGAGAAAACGACAUGGCUGCCCUUGUACCUUAUUUCAGACUUGGUCUCGGUCUCACUCGGGCUCAGGAUGAGGAAGCGGAGAAGCCAUGGCAAAUUGACCCUGACCUUACCGACGUUCAAAUACCAGAACAUCUGGAGACUCUAUUGGAGGACUUCUCUUCAGGGCUCGGUAAUGGAGACUGUGACGAGAGAUUGAUUCGGCCUCGACUGAAUGCAAUACUUAUGGUGUUGCUGGCCAAGGUCAUGAAGGAAAGUCGCAUCAGUAGAGAUGAUGACGAAUCUACGUGCAACUCCGAUCUUCCUUCGAUUGACUAUUCAGCGCCAUGCUGGAUGGUCGACCAGAAACUCAUUAUUUCACCUGUUGCCGACUUUGCGAGUCACCCCGUGGAGAUCACUAUGCAUUUUAUCCUACUGUACGGCCGGCGCCCAACUUUGGACACAAAUUUCAUUGUGUUGAGGAAACAGACAAUCCUUCCUGACGAGGGUUGGGGAGUCCUUGCAGCUAUGUCCGCUAUUCAUCGCCAGCGGAAAGAGGCAGGCGAUAACGGAGACAUUUACGGAAUCCAUACCGAUACCUAUACCUGGAAUUUCUUCCACCUCAACAAUAGCGGCAAGUAUUCAACCAAACUGGAUUUGUCCUGGUACUUGGACCAAAAGGAGGUCAUCGGUCGCAUCUGCCAGAUAAUAAGAGAAGCUAGAGCUCUUUCCCGAAAGGUGGGAGGUAGGGAUUCUAUGCUGGGCAUCUUUGAAUCAGAGACCGAAGAAAAUAGUGAUGACGAAAUGUCUGAUCACUCUUCGCUCUACUAG